AUGGAUACUUUGAAGGGAGGCGUCGCGUACGAACAAGGAGGACAUGAUACUGAGCAGCCACGCCGUACGUCCACGACGGCAGUCAUUGCGAACAGGAUUGAAUUGUCUGGUAGUAAACGACGUGACCAGCUGAAAUUCUUCAAGUCUGACGAUCGAGUCACACAUGGCAGAACAAGACGUCGCGGAACUUUACGUCGACAAAGUGGUCACGCUUGUCUGACCAAUGACGUCACGGCGGUCUUGCUGUCGACAGAUGUGCGAGACAAAGACGGCUUUUGUAUGGAUGCGUCAUCGCCAUCAUGA